AUGGCCGGCCAUGGGCGGUUCGCGUCGACGUUGACCUCCGCUGCGAUGGACAUCGGCUUCUAUGGAUCGGUUCGACGCCGCGUGGAUGGGGCGCUUUGGCAUCCGUUUCGGGGGAGCCACUGUCUCCUGAACGACCUGAGUUGGUAUGAUCUGGGGCUAUACGGCUUUGGCCCCUCGAGAAGCUAUGUUUCGUUCGAAUAUGAGUCUCCCACGGUACAGAUUUCUGAAUGGGAGUCGGGCUGCGACUCACGGUACACUUUUUUCGCCCCCCGAGGAGACUCGGUUGCCCAGCCGGGGCCGAUGAUACUCGACUCCAAAGGGGAGCUGGUCUGGAUGAAAUACAAUUGGGAUGUGACCCAAGACUUCAAGGUCCAGCGGUACCAGGACACUGACUAUUUGACAUACUGGGAGGGAGGUGAGACCGAAGGUCGGGGUUAUGGAGCCUGGUAUAUGCUGGAUUCGACGUAUACUCAGCGAUAUGUGAUCUCUCCUGUUGGAAACUAUGGCGGUGAUCUCCAUGAAUUCAACAUCACUCCCGAAGGAACGGCUCUCGUGACAAUUUAUGAUCCUGUUCCAGCCGACCUGACCUCCAUCGGGGGCCCAGAGUUGGGUUGGAUAUAUGACGGUGUCUUUCAAGAAAUUGACAUUGCCACGGGCGAACUCCUCUUCGAAUGGCGCGCAUCAAAUCAUUACCCCAUCAACAGCACUUAUGAGAAACUCGGCAAGUCAGGAAUAGUGCGCAACUUUGCCUUCGACUUCUACCACAUCAAUAGCGUCGACAAAGACGAUGAUGGAAAUUAUAUCGUCUCAGCGCGACAUACCCAUACCGUGAGCUGCAUUGACAAGAACACUGGCCAGGUGCUGUGGACCCUGGGUGGCAAGCUUAACGAGUUCCACGAUCUCUCAGGGGGAAAAGCAACUGACUUUGCAUGGCAACAUGAUGCGCGCUGGCACAAAAACAAUACCUUGACUCUUUUUGACAAUGCACGCCACUCGAGUAAUGACCCAUACAGUGAAAGUCGCGGGGUAGCCAUCGAGCUUGACGUUGCCGCUCGCGAGGCGUCAUUGCGCGCCGCGUACCAUCAUCCUCAACAGAUGUGGUCGGUAUCGCAGGGCAACGUCCAGAUGCUGGAUGAUAGCGGCCGAGUUCUUGUCGAGUGGGGCCACAGUGCUGCAUUUAGCGAGUUCAGCGCCGACGGACAGUUGCUAUGCAACACUCAUUUCGGUGCCUCGGCCUUUUUCGGGUUCGGGCGGGUAGUCUCCUAUCGUACCUUCAAGGGCACCUGGGUUGGCCGGCCGCAGACCGUCCCAGACGCCGAAGUGCUGGGAGGACAUGUAUAUGUGAGCUGGAACGGUGCAACAGAAGUCGUGGCAUGGCGUCUGGAGGUCUGGGAAAUGGACGAUGUUAACGACAACUCGUAUCAGGCCGUGGCCCAAUUUCCGAAAGAUGGCUUCGAGACCGAGAUCAAGAUUCCCGAAAAUCUCGAGCUUACCCUAUUCCGAUUGGCAGCAUUAGACUCCAAUGGAAAUGUGCUAGGCGCCACCGAAUUACUCCAGCGAGAGCAAGGCGGCAGUUUCGAGCAGGUCAUGAACCCCCAAUACUGGAUUAUUGGCAUGGCUUUUGUUAUGAGCGGAGUCGGCUUGUUUGCCGGUUUGUAUACAUGUUGCGGCUGGGGCCAUUAUUUCCGUCGCUGUCGCUCCCGUUCCAGCGAAUAUCAGUUGGUCGCCUUUAGCGAUAGCGAUGCGUCCGUUUGAAAUCGUGUCGAGUUCACUGCCCUGGUUGUCUUGUUCAGUGGAUAUGAUUCACAGUCUGACAACGCUGCAAGGCAGGUUUCAGCGCCAUGCCGGUCGUCGCGACAGAAACCGUGAAUCGGAUGUGGCAGGCUCAGCGCCACUCUUUCUUUGUAUAUACUAUCUUGAACCCUGUACAU